AUGACUGCAAGGAUCCUGGGAGCGACGGGCCGGGACAAACCAGUGCCAAAGAGCCGAGCAACAGAGAUGAUGGUGAGGGUCAGGAGGGCUCUUUGGCUGGUACUGGGCAUGCUCAGUCUCUCCCUGCUGCUGGUGGUGCUGGGAGUCUACACAACGACUCGAACAGAGAGCCUGAAUGUGACGGGCUACACCUCUGGAGUUAUUCUCACCCUUGGAUCAUUCCUGGGACUUUUGGGACUCCUCCUGGAAGAAAAUCGCAAACAGCUGCUGACGGCUGCAAUCGUAUUCCUCAGUUUUGGGAUCAUCACCUCUUUUCUGUGCCUGGUAAUCGAUGGAGUCGGUAUUGUCCUAAACAUGGACAUGCGUCCACUGAAAGCACAGAGAUGCCAGUACUACAGCAGCGGUGGCAGCUACAUCUAUGAGAACUUCUACACCUCUGUGCCGUGUUGGAGUCCAAAGGAGUCUUGCAGCAUGACAAUACGAAGUGGGACCUGCUACUGCUGCGACCUGUACGACUGUGCCAAUGGAGGAUACCUCAGCAACUACUACGAGUUUGUUGGAGUACGAAGCUGUGAGGAAGUUUUCACUCUGUACAUUUUAAUUUGGACCCUCGCCGGCCUGAACCUCGUGGCCUUCUUCACAGGCAUCCUCACCACAGCGGUGCUGGGCAGCAUCAAAGACCUGAGGAGUAGCGGCCCUGUGAUCAGGCACUCUGAGAGCACAGCGUCUUCUCCGACAGCUCCUCUGCUGACAGACGCCAACACACAUGGAGUUCACCUGCUACACUCGGGAGCCACGAUGUAUUUCCCUCCAGCAGCAGGGACAGCUGCCUCACAGAGUUUCCCUUCAUCGUCCGCUCCUCACCCUGAGUCCAACCCUCCUCCCUUUUACCCGCUGGCCAACCUUCUGCCCUACAGGAUCCACGGCAACGUUGCAUGAGACCCAGCAUUUUACCAAACAUGAGCAGAAAAUGAAUGCAGAAAGGGAUAAACAGAUAUUUUGUUAUCCUUGUUUUGAGAACUGGAGGAACUAUAAAAGAAAGAAGUUUGUCUGAAUAUUACGCAGAAAUGCAGUUUUUGUAUGAAAAAUCUGAAUGUGUUACUGAAAGACAUCUGUAGCCAUAUUGGUGAUUUUUUUUCUUAUUCUUUGAAAGGACUUGUUGACAUUUGAGUCAAAGAAAAAUUUGUUUUGAUCGUGAACAUGGAAUUUACAAUCACACUUCACAUGGAUCCAGCUGCCCGUCCGGUUUCCUCAAUUUGUUGACAUAAUCAAAGAACCGUUAACGACAAGAUCAUCCACUUCGGUGAUCAGACGAGCGAGAUAGGCUUGGCAGUACUAUUGCCGUUGUACUAUGUCUUUGCGGCACCAAAGUCCAACCAAAGUCAAUUAUUGAAUGGCUUUUAUUAUAUACAACUCCGAUUUAAUGUUUGGUUGACUUCAACUCAAAGUGAUGUUAAUGGCAUCACAUUUAGGCAAGACAAGUUUAUUUAUUUAGGCAAUUCAAAAGCACCUACCAUAAAACGUCAAAAGCAUCAAGAGAAAAGUGCAAAUUAGACACAAUAUAAAAGGUCAUUAAAAUACAAUUAUAUAAAUAAAAACAAGCCAAAAUAGAAUAAGAUGGGUGUAAAAUACAAGAAUAAAAAAAACAGAGUUGCAGUGGACCUGCAGUUUCCUGGCAGUUGUACAUUAAAUUGACUCUGUCCUUUAAUAGCCCGAAAAACGCUCAUCCUUUAUUAUUAUAAAUACAUAAUUUGACAUUUAUUACUCACAUUUAAAAAAGGCAGUCUGAGGCAGGAGGCUGCGGCCCAUUGUGUCCACGACCUCAUGCCACAAAAACAGUUUCUUCCCUUUUGCAUGCGCUCAUCAACAAACCCGGGACUCCCACCAACUCAGACACAAUUACACAGCCUUGCACAACUCUUUUCUUAAAAUUUACAAUAACAUACUUGUUUUACUGUACUCUUAAUUUGUUUGUUUGUCUGUCAUAUUUUAUCAUAAAUUUUCACCUUCCCUAUUUUUGAAUUAUGUGUUUUACAAUUACACUCUGUUUA